UAUUUCUAAUUUCAAUUACUUUUCAACAGUUCAGAAUGUUCAUUGAUCGCAAUUUUAUGCAUUUUUUCUGAUUAUAAUGAAUGAACAGUUGUAGGUAAUUUGUUGGAUGAUAUUACUCGAAUGGUCAAAGUUGAUUGAAAAGUAAAAAGAUGAUGGAACUUCAUGCAUAAAAUAUGUACUUUUGUAAGAUACCUACUACGCUUUGCAUAAUCGAAAAAGGAUGUCAAGCAAGUGUUUACUACGUUUACCUCGGAUAAACCCAUCCGAAUUUCUAGACUUUUAUUUUGAAUCGAGUACAGACCCGGAUAUAAAGCUUCAAAAGGUUCUAGACACCGCAGCUAAUAUUAUUUCGGCUUCUUAUUACCGAAUUCAGUUGAAGCAGAUUUUUGAAGAUUUAAAAGAUCGCGAAAAUAUACAGUAUAAUGACAUCGAUGUUCUCGCUGUAUUCAAGCUAAUAUUACAUUUAUGGAUGGUAAUGGAAAAAAAAAAUUUGUACUGGUUUCCAAUGUUCCGGAAACUCCCAUGCAAGUCCAAGUCCAAGAACAAGCGCCGGCUCAGUUGGCUGUGAUGGUAGAAAAUCCGGCUGGUAAUGGCAUUGGCACAGUAGAACAAAUUAAACUAAUCAAUCCUCCGCCAAACUGGCGAGAAAUUUCGUCAACAAAUCCGUCACUAACCUAUGCUAAAGGCGAAGAAUUGUUUGUUGCGUGCGUUAGCCGAUCUUGCGGGCCCAUUAACUGUUUCUCUGUCGUCAUUCUGGAGAAGAAUGCCAUGCUGUGGGAAAGCGCUGUAAUAUCAAUCCCACUUCCUGGAGACUGCUGUAAUGCAGAGUAUGCAGAAACAGACAAAGAUGCUUUAGCGGCCAUUUUAAGCGUCUUUCGAGAACGGCUGUCCCCGUUCAUAAAUCUUGUAAAUAGCAAAGGAUUCAGACCCAGAGCACCAUACGGUGUAUUUUGGAAUUCCUCUUCCUCCCGCCUCCAGUUCUAGUCAGUUGCCUGUGUAAUUUUCGGUGAUUUUCAAUGUUCAGCAAGUGUGGUACAAAAUGAGAACUGUGCAUUUUGAUCGAUUACAUUCUUAAUUAUUUGUCA